CCACCACCAGCCCUUGAUGGUGAAAUCUUCCGGUUCACCCACACAACGACCACCUCAGUGAAUUUACCAACUUUCACCUUGCCCGUCAGACUAUGACCGGCGUUUAUCCUUCUAAGUCUCUCAUCAACAUCUCGGGAACAAUGAGCGAAGCGCUUCUUGCACCGUUUCACUCCGUCGGCGCUGACAGCCUGCGCUGAACGGUUCCUACACGCUCGCUUUGCGAUAGACAAUGCGAGCCAGUGAAUAUUCGAAUUAUUUCCCAGAAGAACAACGAACACCGCGAUAACACUUCCCCGCUCGACCUCGACCGCCUUCGGACACCACACGACGGAAGAUCUCACCCGCACCUCAUCAUGGAUGUAAAACUCCCCGAGCGUAAGGUCUUCAAUUGCAUCGUCGAUGAUACCGCUCUACUUGCCGGCGUCAAGAAAGGCACUCGAGAUGGAAUACAGCGAUGGAUCAGCAUCGGCGCAAUCCGACUCUAUGUGCCACUUCACACAUUGGGAAUUCUCGACCAGCUGAAGAAGAAGAACGGUAGGAUUGCGGUCGCCGCUAAGGAUACCCUCGUUUGGCUCGACGAGAUCACUUCCGCUCCCUCUGUGCAAACAUCGGGCUCCGUCCAACUACAAGGUGGAUUCGAAGUAUUCGAACGAUGGUCGGAAGUGGAGAAUUUCCUGCUGCCGCAAACGCUCCUCUCAACUGAGGAAGAAGAUUAUGACUCGGACGUGCUCACAUCGGAUGUGGACGGCCUGAGACUUGAUGGCGUGUCUGAGCAGGAGUACGAUAGCUCUGUCUUGAGCGCAGGCCAGCGCUCGAAGACGCCUUCAAUCAAGUCCCAGUAUUCCUCCACGAGCCCAGAGGUCCAAUAUGCCUCACCUCACCAGGAGGCGCCAACGAAGCACGACUCAGUGUCACCAUUGGCGGAUGCGGACAUCCCAAAGCGAACAGUGACGCCUCGCAAGUACAACUACAAGUCGACCAUCCCAUAUCGCCUCCGACCCCUCUUCAACCACGCCCUCUGGCGCAUCCACAGAGAAAGCAACCCCGACGAAGCGCUCGCGAACUACAUCCUGCUUACCAACGAUGCACAAAAGAUUCACUUCGCACAGCGCUUCGGCAUCCGCGCCAAGCGCCUUGAACAGCUUCGCGAAGUCAUCGGUCGGGAGGAUCGAGACUACAAGAACCGUCUCGCCUUGUACAAGAAGGAGAACAAACUGCCACGAACUCCCGCAAAACCGAAAGUGCCCGCGAAAAUGGAGCCAGCCGUCGAUGACGAUGAAGAGGUCGUGCUCUUCAAACGGCCGAAAUCGCAACAAUCCAACGGCAAUAAUACCCGCGUUUUCGAUCCGAACGCAUUUGUUCGCGCGCCCCAGCCAUCUCGCGGUGGCCGCGGCGGUCGCGGAGCAGGACGGAAUCACAGUGGAUUCUCGUCUCGUCCACAUUCUCGUUCCGGGCCCCCUGCUCCCACGGAUUUGACCAAGCCGAUCGACCCCGAAUCAUAUGCACGACCGCGUCCCACCGGACGUACCGGUCGCGGUGGACGACAAUUGCUUUGGGAUCCCAGUUAAUCGCGCCCCGAAAGAGGCAACAUGUGUUGUCUCGGAUCCGAAACACUUUAUUCGAAUGGACCAUUUUCGCUUCAGGGCGUUUACGCACUGCCCACGGCUAUAGGCUGUUGAACAAAUCGCGUUCCAUCCGGAUGCUUCAACUUCGAUGCCAGCCAGAUCAGUACCUUACGAGGAGCCGGAUAGAUUUAACGUGCCGACACAUAAGAGCCACGGA